AUGGGUGCCUCACCGUCGAAACCCUCCCCAUCUGUCGUACGUUCGUCAAAGGCAGAGUCUAUCAACGAGAAAGACGUCCUUCAGGAUACACCACCAUCCAUCGUCACCUCUCCAUCUUCAGCUGACGGGUCCAUAUCUUUGUCUAAUGUCGCUGCAUGGGAAUCGUCAGCUGCAGCGGACCCAAAGCUUCAGCUUGCUCGCACUAUCCUCUCUCACACUGACAUUCGUUCUGCCCUGUCUUCGCGGUCCGCGCAUAUAGCCAACGCUCACGUGUUCAACACAGAGGUCGACUUCAAGACUGGCCCAGUCACCAACCAAAAGUCAAGUGGUCGGUGCUGGUUGUUCGCUACCACGAAUAUCCUUCGGUAUGAUAUCAUGAAGAAGUUGAAGCUGAAGGAGUUCCAGCUAUCUCAGUCCUAUCUUUUCUUCUGGGACAAGCUCAACAAGUCCAACUAUUAUCUUGAGCUCUCCAUCGAGACUGCUGAUCUCCCAAUUGACGAUCGACUUGUGAACUUCCUUUCUGAUGACCUUAUCAGCGAUGGUGGUCAGUGGGACAUGGUCGUCAAUCUUCUCGAGCACUAUGGUGUUGUUCCCCUACAAGUUUACCCGGAAUCCUUCCACUCUUCGCUUUCCGGUCCUAUGAAUUCACUUUUAAUGAAGAAGCUCCGUGAACACGCCAUCACCCUACGCUCACUCAGCAGCUCCCUACAUGCAGAUUCCUCGCUCACUGCAGAAACUAUCCUUGCGACGCUACGUGCGAAGAAGGAGAAGCUCAUGCAAGAGAUUUAUACCAUCAUGAGCGCGACAUUAGGCGUGCCUCCGAAGCCUGACGAGCCGUUCACCUGGGAUUAUUAUGACGAGAGCGGUAAAGCAGGAAAGUGGGAGGGCACCCCAACUGAGUUCUUUAAGGCAUUUGUUGGAAAGUACUCCCCUAUGGACAGCUUCUCCCUUAUUAAUGACCCGAGGAACGAAUACUCUAAGCUGUACACUGUGAGCAAGCUUGGUAACAUAUGGGGUGGACGCCCAGUUCUGUACGUCAACACCGAGAUAGAGAACCUGAAGGCCGCUGUGGUUAGAUCCAUCAAGGCUGGCCAGGCUGUAUUCUUUGGAUGUGAUGUUGGCCAGUCUUCCGACUCGAGCGGUGGUGUAGGAAUUAUGGAUACUGACCUCUUCGAGUACGAGGAUGCAUUCAACAUCAGUCUCUCCCUCACGAAGGCCGAAAGAUUGCAAAUGAAUGAAUCUGCUAUGACACACGCCAUGGUCAUUUCUGGUGUUCACAUCGACGAGAACGGUCGACCCGUGCGGUUCAAGGUGGAGAACUCCUGGGGUGAGACAUCCGGAGAGAAGGGAUUCAACGUGAUGAGCGAGAAGUGGUUCGACCAGUAUGUGUACCAAGUCGUCGUCCACAAGUCGCUUGCGCCCAAAGAGCUCGUCAAGGUGAUAGAGGACGGACAUGCAGUGGUGCUACCCCCCUGGGAUCCUAUGGUACGUUUCCGAGAUCGAUGA